AUGGCGGCGGCGCUCUCGCGAGCCGGGGACCGGCUCUUCCGAACGUACGGAGCCGCCGGGGACUUGAAGCCGCAACCGCGGCCGCGGAGGGCAGCCGCGCAUUGGUUCCCGCCGCAAGACCGGAAGCGUUUCUUCAGCAGCAGCAGCGGCAGCGGCAGCGACACCAGCCACAGCGGCUCUUGGCACUCGGUCGUGUCCGACGACUCCGACGACCCGGACUUCCGCGGCAGCCCGGUCCGACCCCGGCGGGGGCGCUCGGGCGGCCGCACCCCCAAGGCCGGGCCGAGCCCGGUCGUGACCCGCAGAGGCCUGAGGCUGCGAGCUCGGCGGCCGCAGAAGUGCAGCACCCCGUGCAGCCCGCUCGGCCCGCCGCCGCCCUUCCCGGACCGCCGCCCGGGCCAGCGGAGCCCGGAGCUCAGCGUGUGCAGCCAGCCCCGCGACGGCGACGCGCUGGGCACCAGUGCCUCCCUCUUCAGCUCCCCCGCCUCUCCCAGCGGCCCCGGGACCCUGGCCCUUGACGACAGUGUCAUCUACGUCCGUCCGAUGGCCACUCAGGACGAGGCCCCAGGGGCGCCGAGAGACUUCCACGGCUCGGCGGCAGCCCCCCUGGACCCAGCACGGCGCCCCUGCUCCCGGAAGACAGCGGCUGCCCGCCAAGGCCGGGCCACCGUCAGGUCAGCCCUCUUUAGCCUGGCGGACUCGGGAGACCCGGAGGACUCCAGCCUGGGGGCAGAUGGGAGGACUAGGAGGGCGUCCUCCCGAAGAGGACAGAGGGGCAACUGGCCGCAGGGCCUGGGUGUAUCAAGCACGCGCAGGAAGAGAGCCGCAGCAGCCCCGCCCAGCCAUGGCAAUGGGUCCCAAGAGGCUGUCCAGAUAGAAGAUGAGGCGCCCAGGGGUGGCAAAGGUCGUCGAACAACGCCGAGAGCCAAAAGACCUCAAAGGGCUGGAAGGAGCCAGAAGCGAAAACAUGGGGAGGUAGCAACAACCUCUCUCCCAGCCCACUCAUUUAAAAAGGACCAAAGGAUGAAAAGGGAUUCGUUCCUUGGCCAGAACCUGACUCAGUCACAGGACUCCUCUUGGACCCAAACCAGGGCCUCCUUCUCGCUGCACAAAAAGAAGAUUGUGACAGCUUUGCCAGAGGUGUACAGCAACACCACCAUGCCCAGUUCUCCCUCGCAGUCCUUCCUGUCGGAAUAUUCCCACCCUCCUGCCAUGAACAGAACAGGCCAGGCUCUGUCCCCUUGGCUCUCCUCGUCCAUGCAUUUGCUCAGCCCUGUAAAGACUCCCCGUGUUGUGCACAAAAAGGCAUCUGAUGCUGAAAAGGUUUAUGGGGAAUGCAAUCAGGAAGGACCAAUACCCUUUAACCGCUGUCUUUCCAGGGAAAAACUGGAACACUGUGAAAAGAUUGGGGAGGGGGUGUUUGGUGAGGUGUUUCAGACAAUUGCCAACGAUACACCCGUCGCCCUAAAAAUCAUCGCAAUUGAAGGGCAGGAUCUAGUCAACGGAUCCCACCAGAAAACCUUUGAGGAAAUCCUACCAGAGAUCAUCAUCUCCAAAGAGCUGAGCCUCCUGUCGGCUGAGUCAAGCAAUCGGACGGAAGGCUUUAUUGGGCUCCACUCGGUGCACUGCGUCCAGGGCUCCUACCCGCUCGUGCUCCUCAGGGCCUGGGAUCACUAUCACACAGCCAAAGGGUCUUUGAAUGACCGGCCUGACUUUUUCGGUGAAGGACAGCUCUUCAUCGUGCUGGAAUUUGAGUUUGGGGGCACGGACUUAGAGCAGAUGAGAAAGAAGUUGGCCUCCAUGGCCACUGCCAAGAGCAUUCUGCAUCAGAUUACGGCAUCCCUCGCCGUGGCAGAGGCGGCCCUGCACUUUGAGCACCGAGACUUACAUUGGGGGAACGUGCUCUUAAAGAAGACCAAUCACAAAGAGCUCCAGUACACCCUCAACGGGAAGACCAGCACUAUCCCCACCCGGGGCGUGCACGUCAACAUCAUCGACUACACCCUGUCACGCUUGGAGCGGGACGGGAUCGUGGUUUUCUGUGACAUUUCUAUGGAUGAGGACCUGUUUACAGGUGAGGGUGACUAUCAGUAUGAGAUCUAUCGGCUGAUGAAGAAGGAGACGAACAACUACUGGGGGGAAUACCACCCGUAUAAUAACGUGCUCUGGCUGCAUUACCUCACGGACAAGAUUCUGAAACAAAUGACUUUCAAGACUAAAACCAGGACCUCUGCCUUGAAGCAAGUGAAGCAAGAGAUCCAGCAUUUUCAUGCCACCAUGCUGAGUUUCAGCUCUGCCACGGAGCUCCUCUGCCAACACCAGCUGUUUCAGUAAGUCAAACGGGCCUCCCUGACACAGACUGAGAAGACGUUGGUGUGGGAGCCCCUGGGAGUGUGCUCCCCCACCGCCCCCCCAGCCCCAUAGCAAGGUAGAAAUUCCCAUUCCGCCAACAUUUUCAGAUAAGGAUUUUGUUUCCAAGUGGUACUGCUGGAAUGAUGAACAUGCUGUUUACAGACUCAACGUGAGAGCAAGUGUUCACUACUCACAAGCUCUCUUUGAGCACAGUCUACUCCGUCAAUGUCUUUCCAUGCGGUCGUGUUUGAGCCCUGACACUUUAGGAUCCCUGGGCCAAAAGAACACACCUUAGGAAAGGCCGAGCCUUCCACCACCAUCCUGACCAAAGCCUGCUGCUUUGGCCUCGGAGACCAGACUACGGCCGAGGCGUGCCAAGCGGAAGCAAAGAAGCUGCAGCAAAGCUGAGACUCAACAAGACGGACUGGAAGGAGAGCAGAUAGGGAGAUAGUAGGCCAUUGAUAGGGGCCUGCAACAAGGGCCACGUGUCUAUCAAGCAUUUGCCAAUUCCACAGCAAAGCAGAAUUUUAUCUGUUUUCAACAGGAAAAAUAAAUGUCUCCAUGGCUACUAAAAAGGUUGGACUGUUUGCUUUUUUCACCGAGGGGCGACAUGCGGCUCCACGAUCUGAGUGGUCGGAAGUCCUCGUGGA